AUGGCUGAAGCGUCACAGCCAUUAGUAUCUCACUCGGCCAGUGACGACCAAAUCGUCUCGGUCAACGAUGACCUCCUUGAAAAUAACGAGAAUCAUCAAGAUGCAUGGUGGACGAUCAAACGGAAACAGGCACGUUCAUUUCAUAUUCCUGUUAAAAUCGAAUAUUUGCAUUCUAUUGCUCGUUGUCCCGGCCCAGUUGAAAUCAAUCGAGUCACCGUCUUCUUCAUCGUACUGGCAUCACAACGCCGAAACGUAAUCCUAAUGAUCUCGGACGGAUUCGGCCCUGCUUCACAAACAAUGGCCAGAAACUAUUACACUGCAAUCCACAAUCUAGCUGCAGGCCAUCAGCUGCCACUUGAUACAAUCCAAGUUGGGAGUGUGAGGACACGCUCAUCUUCUUCGCUCGUCACUGACAGUGCGGCUGGUGCAACCGCCUAUAGUUGUGCUCUCAAAACAUAUAACGGAGCAAUAGGGGUUGAUCCAGAUGAAAAGCCAUGUGGCACUGUAUUGGAGGCUGCCAAGAUUGCUGGAUAUAGGACUGGUCUGGUUGCUACUUCAAGGAUUACGCAUGCUACUCCUGCUUCAUUCUGUACGCAUGUGUCGAGUCGGGAUAUGGAGAAUGAUAUUGCACUACAACUCAUUGGCAAUUACUCAUUGGGUCGAACAGUUGAUUUGGCAUUUGGGGGUGGCCUUUGUCAUUUCUUGCCAAACACGUCAUCAUCCAGCUGCAGAUUCGAUGCACUAGCUAUAUUGAAUAUGGCUGCUUCACGUGGCUGGAAUAUGAUUCUGGAUAAACAUGGAUUUGAUGCACUGAAUCUCAAGUCACCGCUACCGAUUCUAGGACUCUUCACACCGGAUCAUAUGAGCUAUGAAAUCGAUCGAAAAGCUACAAAUUCACAGCCGUCGUUAGCAGAAAUGUCAUCAAAAGCACUAGAAAUACUCUUGACUGCCUCACUAUCAUCCGCAGAUGAAAAGGGAUUCUUCUUGAUGAUUGAAGGAUCACGAAUAGAUAUGGCCGGUCACUCAAACGAUGCCGCUGCUCACGUACUCGAAAUAUUAGCAUAUAAUGAUGCAGUAGAAGUCGUCAAAGCUUUUGUGGACAAGACGCCGAACACGAUUAUGAUUUCUACAUCUGAUCACGAAACUGGUGGUUUAAGUGUUGCCAAACAACUGACAUCGGCAUAUCCAGAAUACAAAUGGAUACCUGAAGCUCUAACAAAAGCCAAAAACAGCACCGAAGUACUAGGCCAGUACCUCGCAUCCACCUUCCCUUCAGGCCCCACAGAAUCUCUGAUACGAGACAUCCUCUCUGAAUGGCUAGGCAUAACAGAUCCGACGCCGGACGAAAUAGCAUAUCUGACUACACCACAUCUCGCAAUCGAAUACGAUUACUUUAUGGGACCCAUGAUAUCGACUCGUGCCAUGCUUGGAUGGAGUACGCAUGGACAUUCGGCUGUUGAUGUGAAUCUGUAUGCGUAUGGGCAUAGAGCGAGUGAUUUGAAAGGGAACAUUGAGAAUACGGAUGUGGGAAGGUUUAUGGAGAGGUAUUUGGGAGUUAGGCUGGAUAGUGUUACGAAGAGGCUGCAGAGUCAAUCAAUAUGGCAUGUUCCAAAAGUUGAUCUUGUGGGACGAGCGCCAUAUCAGGAACUUCAUUAUCAUUCUAAACCGGGCUAUGUGGCUUAG